AUGAUGGCAGGAUUGUUUAGAAUUGAAGAACCUGCAGGUGGGUCAAUUCUUGUUGAUGGAAUUGAUACUACAACAAUUCCUAUGCAUACAUUAAGAUCAAGAAUGUGUAUUUUACCACAAGAAGCAACUAUGUUUAGUGGAACAAUUAGAGAAAAUCUUGAUCCUACAUUCCAAAAGAGUGAUGAAGAAAUGAAACAUGUAUUAGAAUUGGUUAAUGUAAAUAAAGAAUUGGAUUAUAUAGUUACAGAAAAUGGAGAAAAUUUCUCACUUGGAGAACGUCAAAUGAUUUGUAUGGCAAGAGCAUUAUUAAAGGGAGCUAAAAUAUUAAUUAUGGAUGAAGCAACUGCAUCAAUUGAUAUUCAAACAGAUAUUAUGAUUCAAGAAAUGGUUAGAAAGAAUUUCAAAAAAUGUACAACAUUAACUAUUGCACAUAGACUACAUUCAAUCAUGGAUUCUAAUCGAGUUAUGGUAUUUGAUGAUGGUCAUUUAAUGGAAAUGGAUACUCCAAUUAAUUUGAUUGAACAAGAAACAACAAUCUUCAAUAAUUUGGUCCAACAAUCAGGAUGUGCUGAAGAACUUAAACGAUUAGCAAAAGGAGAAGCAUCUAUUGCUGAAACAUUAAAAGCUGAAGAUGAAAAAAAGAAAAAACAAGAAAAUGAAUCAUCAGACUCAACUGAAAAGCCAACAGAGUUGAUUGACUUAAAUACACCAUCUGCAAGUCCAAUGCCACUUGAUGGAACAGUAACCAAUAAAGAUAAAUCCCCAUUACUCAAUUUAAAUACACCAACAGUAAGUCCAUUACCACAACAUGUAAACGAUAAGAGUGAAUCGGUAAGUGAAGGUAGUAACAAUUCUUCAUCAGAAUAA